AUGUCUAAAGUCGUGCGAAGCGUCAAGAACGUUACCAAGGGUUAUUCGGGUGUGCAGGUGAAGGUUCGAAAUGCCACAAGUAAUGACCCCUGGGGCCCAACGGGCACCGACAUGGCUGAAAUCGCCGCCAUGACGUUUGGCAGUCCUACAGAUUUCUACGAAAUCAUGGAUAUGCUGGAUAAGCGGUUGAACGACAAGGGCAAGAAUUGGCGCCACGUCUUGAAAUCGCUAAAGGUUCUCGAUUACUGUCUGCACGAGGGUUCCGAACUGUCUGUUACAUGGGCGAGGAAGAAUGUGUAUAUUAUCAAGACUCUGCGCGAGUUUCAAUACGUUGAUGAGGAGGGGAGGGAUGUUGGUCAGAAUGUCCGCGUCGCCGCAAAGGAACUUACUUCUCUCAUCAUGGACGAAGACAGACUGCGCAGUGAACGCUCCGACCGUAAACUCUGGAAAUCGCGCGUCAGUGGACUUGACGACUAUCAACAAAUGGGCUACGAGCCUCCGCGACGGGCAGAACGGCCGCGUCGGCGACAACACGAUGACGAGGAUGAUACCGAGUAUCGUCUGGCUAUCGAGGCAAGCAAGGCAGAGGCCGAGGAGGAACGGAGACGACGCGCAAAGGCCAUGGAAGCGGCAGAGGAUGACGAGGACCUGGCCCGAGCUAUCCGACUCAGCAAGGAAGAGGAGGAACUUCGCAAGCGCGAGUUGGAAGAGAGCAACGCACAGUCGCUUUUCGAUGAUACCCCCAUGCAGGCCGCUCCCGCCCAGGCGACCGGAUACAACCAGGGUUACCAGCAGCAGAACGCGGUGGACUGGUUCGGUAACCCAAUCAACCCGCAACAACCGCUGACGACUGGCUACUUGAACAACCAAUAUGCGCAACCGACCGGUUUCCAGAGCCAGCCCACCGGCAUGAAUGGGUAUGGGACCAGCGUUUUCGACCAGAACCCAUACGGUCAACAGAACAACUUUUUGCAGCCGCAAGCGACGCUCCAGCCCCAGCAUACGGCAUUCAACACGAACAACCCCUAUGGAAUGGACGUGUACUCGCAGCAGGCGCAGCAGCAGCAGCAAAUGAUGCUCCAGCAGCAACAGCAACAGCAACAGCAGGAGAGUUACCCUUCAGCCGGUAGCAAUAACCCCUGGGCCAGCUCGCAACCUGCUGAUGCCCUAAAACCCAUGCCAACUGGCUCCAACAACCCCUUCGCGGGUCGUACACAGUUCCGACCCACUUCACCAUUGACGCAAGGCCCUCCAUCCCUCAACACCCUCGCCGAAGACCGCGCCACCACGCAAUUCACCGCCAGCACCACCAACCCCAUCGCCAACUUCCAGCCCUCGCCAAUGGCCGCCCCUCAACCCCCCAAGUCCACUCCCCCACAGCUGAACAACCCUCACCACGCUCGUCUGAACGCGCUUCUUUCUUCGGGCGAAGGUCAGGACACCUUCGGAAACGUGGGCGACCUCCGUAUUCCCGCGCAGCACACCGCGCCGGGAACAUUUGUCAACUCUGCGGGUCAGGGACUGUCGCGCUUGCAGGCUACGCAGACAGGGAACAACCCAUUCUUUGGCCAACAACAGCAGCAACAGCAGUUUGUGCCGCAGCAGACGGGGUUUGUUAACAAUCCUUGGGGCGGACAGCCUCCGCAACAGCAACAACAGGGUGGGAGUUUGAUUGAUCUGUGA